CGGCCAAUAAAAGUUAUAAAAUUUUUUGCACGAACAUUAUUACCUUUCAUAUUCCAAGUUUCAAAAUAUUAUUCCUAGCUGGCUAGUGAUUGCAGGUCUGAUGCUUUGUCAUUGUGGUCCAAACGAACGAUAGGAUAUUUAUAUCGGCUUAAGUUGACGUGAUGGAUUUAGACGAGAGUGAAGUUUUGGAUUUGGAUGCCGGAACGAACACUACAACAGCAGAAUGGGAUGCAACGGCAGACCCUAGUAUCCUGGACGCCGAUACGGAUACAUCCGAACUCGGGAACAAGUGCUUUGUUAUUCCACAUCAUGUCCGCAAAGCCUUGGAUCUGACGGAUGGGAAAGGAAGCUUGCUGAAACUGCUGCAGCGCUGUGGAACUCCACAAGGAGCUCGCUUAAUGGAGCGAUGGCUGAUUCAUCCCCUGACGUGUGUUGCGGAAAUCGAGGAUCGGCUGGAACUUGUGGAAUUAUUCGUCAACAGUCCUUCUUUCCGUACCACAAUUGCCGACACUUAUGUCAAGAAAUUUCCCGAUUUUGCGCCCUUGGUCAAGAAAUUAGAGAAGAAGAGGAUCAGCCUGCAGGAUUUGUACAAAAUAUUCGUCGCCGUCGAAAGGCUCCCGGCUCUUGUCCGUGCGUUGAAAGAAGGCCUGAGAGACGCCUCUGAGCGUGGUACACAACUAGUCCAGGAGAAGUUCACGUCGAAACUGCAGUCGUUCUACGAAAUGCUGAGCAAUUAUCGGAUGUUGGUUAAGCAGACCGUUGAUGUCGCUUAUAUCCAGAAAACCGGGGAAUACAGGAUUCGACCUGAUGUUACGCCUGAGCUGGAAGAAAUGAGUGAGCAACAAGAGGAUUUGCUGGAGCGGAUGAAAAAGGACUGGACUAAACUUUCGAAGGAAGUGCAGCUGGAAAAAGAAAAAGCAUUAAAAUUUGAGUAUGAUCGCCGAGAUGGAUACUUGUAUCGGGUUACUUCUAAGGAAGAGAAAAAAUUGCGGCCACAUGUGACACGACUUGGACUAAUCCGUAAAAAGGAUAAAACUUCGGGAUUUUGUUUUCAAACGCCUGAUUUGAAGAGCCUGGAUGCUGAAUAUAAGGUCUUGCGCGACAGAUACGAAGAAUCCCAGCAGCAUGUGAUGGAAGAGCUGGUCAAUACAGCCGCUACUUUCCAUGAGCCUUGUCGAACGCUCAAUCAAAUAAUGGCACCUCUGGACGUGAUCUGCGCUCUCGCUCGGGUUGCAUGUGAAGCAACCAUUCCGUAUGUGCGCCCAAAAAUCUUUCCGAAAGAAACAGGAACUAUUGAGCUGAUUGACAGUCGGCAUCCAUGCAUCGAAAGCUUUCUUCACAAGGAUUUCAUUGCAAAUUCUGUGCGAUUCAAAGAAAACGAGGAAAGGUUCCAUGGUAGGUGAUAUUACGGUACUUCAUAGGGUGCAUCUGGUUUGUAGGUUGCUUUAAGUAUUAUUCUUGCACAAAUGGGAAGCUUCGUGCCAUGCAGUUCUGCUGCGGUAUCCUUGGUUGACGGAGUAUAUACUCGAAUUGGUUCGGGCGACAGUGUCACUAAAGGAGUCUCGACCUUUAUGAUGGAAAUGCUAGAAACUCAAGACAUUUUGAAGAAGGCCACGGAACAUUCGCUUAUCAUUAUUGAUGAACUUGGGAGGGGAACAUCUACUUACGACGGAUACGGACUUGCUUAUGCUGUAGCGGAGCAUAUCGCGACUCGUUUGAAGUCAUACUGCAUGUUCACAACUCACUUCAACGAACUGGCGGAACUCCAGAAGGAAGUGAAGAGUGUUGUACUGAGUCAAGUGACCGCCGUGGUAUCAGAGGAUGGCAUCGUCUUCCGGUAUCAGGUUCAGCCAGGUGUUUCCCGAGAAAGUUUUGGUGUAAAUAUCGCAAGACUUACCGGCAUGCCUUCCCACGUCAUACAGGAUGCUGCCGCGAUUCUUGACGAGCUCGAAAAAACGCAUGCCAUCGGUUCCUCUGUAUCUUCUUAAAAUGAAUGAAUGGGUCCUGUGCUCCUGUACAGAUUGUUUUACGGUCUUUCGAGUUUUCUUGUUCCUAAUUCCGAUGGUGCCAGAUUUAGAAUAAUCAAUUUACUUAAUUGUGACCAAUUUGACUGAUUUAUCGGUAUAGGCGCUUAAGCGCUUUUUGAUGUUCUGGAAUAUUGGGCAUGUAUUUUGAGAGUUGGCGAUUUGGCCCUGUCUCGCGAGCCAAGUGAUACCGUGACUCACUGGUCAGUAACAGUGACUAAACGAG